UCAUCAUCUUCAUCUCCGGGAUUCUGCUGCUGUUUCUCAUCAUGACUCCGUCCGGACCCGGAGCCGGUUAGACCUGGUCCCGGUCUAGCCCCGGACCCGGACCCGGACCAGGACCCGGUCCCCCCCCCGGACCAGGACCAUGGCCCCCCCCGCGGCCCCCCCCGCGGCCGCCGCCGUGACAUUGCUGCUCCUGCUGGAGUUCGUCGAAGCAAAGAAAUACUGCUGGUACUUCGAGAGUGGAUACCCCAUCUACUUCAUUUGCCGCUCCUAUGAGGAUUGCUGUGGGACUCGUUGCUGCGUCCGGGCCCUGUCGGUCCAGAGACUCUGGUACUUCUGGGUCCUGCUGAUGAUGGGGGUCUUGUUCUGCUGCGGAGCCGGACUCUUCAUCCGUAGGAGGAUUUACCCGUCCCCCCUGACGGAGGAACCGGCUUUCAACGUGUCCUUCACCCGCCACCCGGCCAACUCGCCAGUUUCCCAGCAGCCCGUCGGCCUCCACGGCUUCGGGCUCAACGGCCUCCCAGCAGGAAGUGACCCGGGAGCUGCGAGGCCCCGCCCCCCGCUGUUCCCGCCCACGCCUGGCCCCGCCCACAUGAUGGGAGGCCCCGCCCACAUGGGGGCGGAGCCUCCGUCCUACUGCAACCACCCGCCCCCGUCCUACGAGCAGAUCUUCAGCACCGGGGACAAGAAGUAGAACCAGGACCAGGACCGGGACCAGGAUCUGGAUCUGGAUCUGGACCAGGAUCUGGACCGAAAUGUCGACUUUUUUCUCAACAUUUCAACUUUUUUCUCGACAUUUCGACUUUCAUUUAAACUUUUUUCUUGACAUUUUGACUUUUAUUUCAACUUUUUCUCGACAUUUCGACUUUUAUUUUGACAUUUCGACUUUUAUUUUGACUUUUUUCCUUCGACAUUUUGACUUUUAUUUUGACUUUUUUCUCAGCGUUUUGACUUUUAUUUUGACUUUUUUCUCGAAAUUUCGACUUUUAUCUCGACAUUUCGACUUUUAUUUUGACUUUUUUUUCGAAAUUUCGACUUUUAUUUUGACUUUUCUGGAAAUUUCGACUUUUAUUUUGACUUUUUUCUCGACGUUUUGACUUUUAUUUUGACUUUUUUU